AUGCUUAGCCGCAUUGCGCAGGAUGAGAUUGUGUUUGCCGGAUCCACUUCCAAGAUUGGCCGUGCUCUUUGCAUUCUGUUGGCACGACGGGGUCACACCGUAAGGAUGAUCACGGGCUGUGAGGAGCGAUUUCAAAAAAUCAAGAGUGAGGCUGGAGAUGGAGGAAAGAAUCUUGUAAGGGUGCAGACCUACGAAGAAGGUGUGGGCUGCAGAGUGUGGAUCUUGGGGAAAGUGAUGGAGCCAAAGAAAAUCCAGGCACUGAUCCCUCCUGAAUCCUUGAUCAUCGACUUUGCGGUGCCUCAUGUCAGCGAGGAGAUCGCCAAAGACUACCGCUAUGUCAACGGUGCAGCUCUGAGCUACAGCCAGAAGGACACAGAUUUGACCUUCUGCCAUGAUGUGCCGAAGACAGUUCCAGCUUGCUUGGCGGCAGCGAUCGUCCAUGCCAGGGAAAACACGCAAAAGCACGAGACUGGGGAGGUGGAUGUCGAUGAGGUUGAGGGUUGGUGGGAGAAGGCGACCAGGCAUGGAUUCACCCUUGCCUGCAUAGAGCCUGAUCAUGCCAAGAAAGACUGA